AUGCCUACUCAGGUUGGUUAUGGAUAUGAUGCUCAAUUUAAAACAAUUCAAAAAUUUGCAAACUUGCCAAUUCCAGAACCAGGUCCAGACCAGCUUGUUUUAAAAGUUGAGGCUGCAGGAUUAUGUCUUUCUGAUCCACAUACAUUACAAGGAGGACCAAUAGAGAGUAUGCCUCCAACACGGCAACUUUCUAAAUUUGUAAUGGGUCAUGAAAUUGCCGGUAGUGUUUAUCUGGUUGGAGAGCAGUUGAAGCAAAAUCCAACUUACUGUCAAGGCGCUAGAUUUGCUUUGCAAAUAAACCACGCAUGUGGCGUAUGCGACAACUGUAGAAGAGGACUUGAUGGAAGUUGCAGCAAUUCCUCACAGGCAUAUGGGUUGAAUGAAGAUGGUGGGUUCCAGCAGUUUUUGUUGAUUAAGAAUUUACGUACAUUAUUACCAAUACCAGAUAAUGUGAGUUUUGAAGCAGCAGCAGUAGCCACAGACUCGGUUUUAACCCCGUUUCAUGCAAUACAAAAAGUAAAGCAUAAAAUACAACCAACAUCAAAAGUACUCGUUCAAGGUUGUGGGGGUUUAGGAUUGAAUGCAAUACAAAUUUUGAAAAAUUACAACUGCACCAUUAUUGCUACCGACGUCAAGGAGGAUAUCAAAAAAACAGCCAUUGAAUAUGGAGCUAGUGAAUUUUAUAGUGAUAUGAAAAAUUGUUUACACCCGGCUAAAUCUUUUGACGUAAUCUUUGAUUUUGUUGGUAUUCAACCAACCGUGGAUAAUACUGAUAAGUUUAUCAAGCAGAAGGGGACAGUUGUUAUGGUUGGGAUAGGUAGAUAUAAAUUGAAGAUGCCCAACUUCACUUUUCUAUAUAGGGAAGUGCAAGUUAUUUAUAACUUUGGAGGAAAUUCAAGUGAACUUGGUGAAUGUUUAAAUUGGAUUUCAAAAGGAUUGAUAAAACCAAAUUAUAAAGUUGUAGAUUUUAACAAAUUGCCUCAAAUGUUGAAGGAUUUGGAAGAUAAUAAAGUUAGAGGCAGGAUCGUAUUUAGACCUAAUAAACUUUAA